UUUGCAGUCUGUGAUGUCUGUAAUACAACACUGUGUAUUGGAUAUGGUUCAGCCACCGCAGCAGAAUUUUCACGACUUAUUUUAGAGUAUUUUUAAGUAUUAUUGCUAACAAAAUUAAAAACUUACAAAUUCGACACCUAUACUCACCGCUAAACACGCGGAACAAUUAAACAUUGAACUCUUUCAAAUAAAAAAGGCGCAAGAGUAGAAGUAGCCUGUCGGCGGCAAUCAAAACAAUCGCGCGCAAUUACGCUUUGAGUGGUUUUGUAGCUGGUUUAUAAAUGUGCAUUUGGCUGGGAACUCUACAUAUAUUAUUAUAAGUAAAGGAAUUCAUUUUAAUAAAGUCUUUCCUUAAUACAGGUUAUUCCACAAAUUGGGGCAGGGAGUGUCACUUUUGAAUUAUGAGCGCACAAAAACGCAGUAAAAUUAACAAUAGCUAUGAAUCUGAACCGUCUAGUAGUUCCUCGCUCAAUGAGCAACUCGAGUAUAACGUAGUAUAUGAUGAAAGUAUGCAUUUACCAUAUAUACUAAAACCCCCAUCAUACGAAACUGAAGUUGUAAUACCAGCAGAUGGUAAUUUUAUUAUAUCUAGUCAGGAAAAUAAAAUUCCUCUCAUAGCAAUGUCUAGUUCUCUUCCUGGAAUGUAUGAAGAACAAUCACCGCCUAGGAAUAAUAAAACUGUUGUAAGUCCUACUUUGAGUCAGAAGUCCGCAUUUAAAGGGUUUGGUGAAAGCCCUUAUGGCAAAUUGCAAAGGGAAUUUUUUUCAUCUACCUACGAUACUCGACAGGCAACGAUUUGUUUGGAAAAGGUGUCACCUCACACGCUAACUGAUCAGAAAAAUUUGCCUACUAACGGUGGCACAGUGUUUUCGAGGUUUUAUGACAUGGUUGUGGAUGAGAAUAGUUGCAAUGCCGUUGAUAUUCAACUGUCAAACGAGAAGACAGAACCCAGUGAGUGCGAUGGAGAUCUAUCUGAAAAUGGUGUCGAUUACUUGGUGGCCCUUAGCAAAAGGUCGGAAACGAUAGUAGGAAAUCCAGAAACAAAGCCUUUUAAACUGUCUAUCGAAUUAUCUUUCAACGGGAAAAUCAAAAGUCUAACUCCACCAAUCGAAUUCGAUGGACAUGAAACUAUUAUCGAAAUCCCCGAUAAGCCUUUAAACCACUCAUUUAUUCUCAAAAAGUAUAGUAAUGAGAAAUCGCCAGACCUUUUUGGCGAUGAUGAAGAUGAUGAAAAUGAGAACAAUACGGAAACAGGCAAUGAAAAUAUAUACAGUUUCAACGCGGAAGAUUUAAUCGAAGUUGUUGAUACUACAGUCAAAUCAAAUGAUACAAUUUUAACAGAAAAGAAAGCAAUCGAAAUGCAGGAGGAGACUGGUUUGCCACAAAGUAUAAAAGUUUUUGAUGUAAAUGCGUGUGAAAACCGUGCUGAGCAUAAUGCAGACGCAAGCACAAAUAAAUCACUGAAUUGUGCCACCGAGUCCAGUUUGGCGGACGAUCAAACCUGUGAACAAGAUUCUCAACGUUUUGAUACCUACAGUUUAUUUCGGGAGAACUGUCGUCGAGAAAAAGAGCUUUUACGACGAAUACGGAAAUGUUUGGCGGGUGUACCACCACCACCCUCUGUAACCAUACCACAGUUGGAUAUGUUUAGUGCUGUGAUGAGUCGAAAACAAGAUAUAUUAGAUUUCACAGCCGACAUUGAUACUACUGACGUCCAGGACAGUUGGAGUUCUUCAAACGAGUUUGCCAGUCUCUUAAAGCCCACACACUCCGUUGAUGAAUCGGCGGAAAUGGGUUGGCGACAAGUGCUAGCCGUGAGGCAGCAUGGUUUCUGUUUUAAUUUGUGCAAAGCCUCUGAAAACAACGAAUAUUUAGGUUUAUCGGUGAUUGAACGUUUUAUUGGCGCAGAAACUGCCUCUUCGUAUCGCAAUUCACCGUCUAGCGAAAAAAAACGCAACGCGCGCAUGAAAUUACUCACGCAAUCUCCCGGAAAUCGUUUAAGCCAUUUGGCUAGACGUCGUGCCACUUUUUCAUCAGCGCAGUUGGCCACCCAAAAAUCAAAUAGUUUGCGGGGGCCACAAAUAAUGGUAGAUGUUAAAAAGAAGAAUAAACAUCGUCGUAAGAAUACUCCCAAACGUAUGACACCUGGUAGCAAAAAAAAAACUCGCAAAACGCCUUCAUCGUCGGCUCGUAAAAGACAAUUUCGCUGCGAUCUCAUUAAACCCGGUCCUUCGCGGGAGGCAUCGAAGCGUGCGCUGUUCCAGAGCCCGCCCAAGCAACGGCAGCACAAACCACCCGUUCAAAGGUGUAUGCUUAGUAUUAAGCCCGAAAUUGCCAAUCGUGUUGAAAAAUCAAAGCGAGCUCUCUUCUCUCCGGACAAACAGUCGGAGAGCACUUACGCCUCUGCUAAUCAAAAUUUACUUCUUGGUAUUGAUAAAAGUAUCAAUACCCAGUUCAAUUCAGCACAACAGCAAAAUCGUUUUAGUACACUUGAGUUUGAUUCAAGAUUUAAGCGUAAACGUUCGGCUAUUGAUGACGACGACACUGGGGAUUCAGGGGACUUACCAUCGCAAAGUAGCAAACUGUUCCGCGGAGGUGCAGAAAAUUUAACGCCACGUGCACUCAAAAUUAAAAGUCAAAGCUUUUGUAUUGGGGCUGGUUCCACUUCAACGAUGGCUAGUGCUGCUGCUUUUGCUAAUUCUGAAAUGACUACCACCGCUGCUGUUUCAACUCGUGACUUAAUAUCGCAUUCAAAUUUACUACCCACCAGUAGUUUUACUUUUGGUAGUGCAACUGCUUUAUCGUCUAACGUAUCAGCUGCCGCCACUACUAGUAAAAUUCAACGAUCACACUCGGAAAUGGUGGCGCAGUCAAAUAGUUUAACAGAGAAUCAACGAAAGAAGCUUUUAUGGGCGGUGUCACAAGCAUUGCAAGAGAAGAAAAUCACAACGAAGCAUAGCAGCUUCAAACAAUAUGCAGCAGUAUUAGCCAGGGUUGUGCGGCGAUUAUUUCAGGAGUUUUUCCAAAAGAGCAGCACGAGCAAUAGUGAAACGUUGUUGCGCUUGGCAAAACGGUACGUGCACAAUGUGAUUACUGGCCAUUGCGCCGACGAUAUUUAUCUGCAAGCGAAGGCCAAAAUUGUACGCGAGAAAAACGAGUCUAACUGUCGCCUGAGCGGCUAUAUUGGACCCGAGGAGUAUCAACGUCUAAAAAACUCUCAGCAACAGCAACAGCAAUUGCAAGAUCAAACGCAUUCAUUUAGUCAAAACUUGAUACGUGCCGAUUCCGUCACGAAUAUAUUUUCUACCGACUCAUCAUUGAACUCCUCCCGUGCAAGCAGCAGCCAAAAUGUAACAUUGUCAACCAGUUCUUUAGCGACGACUUCAACCUCGCAAAACCAAUCACAAUUACAACUGCUUGAAAGCUCAGUAAAACAGUCAUCGUCUCUAACCAAGCUAUCCAUUCAGUCGAACACAUCGCCACAGAAUAGUUCAUCGAAAAAUAAUAUGUGCGGCUUAGCUUUACGAGAAAAUGUCAAUUUUGAGUCCGAUCAACGUCGCUCUGCACAGAAGAAUUUCACUGGAAAAGACCAGCGCAAUGUGAGUCCAUACGCGCAAAAUAACAACCACUAUUUUGGCAACCAACUGAUGGCAAGCAACAUACAAGGUGCUUCAGUAAAAUGUACAACUUCAGUGGGGAAAUCGCAAUUGCAAGCAAAGAACAUUGAGUUGGAUUCGAGUUUACUGAAUGCUGGCACGACUAAAGUCAAGCGACAAAUCAGUUUCGACAAUUAAAUUCUGUAUAUUUUGCGCCUUUCCGUGAUUUAAACUCAUUUGAGCAGAACUGAAAUAACUACUCUGUAACUCUUAGGCAUUUUUGGACCUUGUGAAAUGGUUUUCUUGAAAUGUCAAACUCUAUUAACGUGGUUUAGUGUACAUUUUCAAUGGAUUGAAAUUACUAAAUAGUUAUAGGCAUAGAUUAGAAGAAUUCGCACUGCUUAUAGAUGGUUGUAAAAAGAACAAAAUAAUAAGAUUUACUUAAUUUCAUGUAAUGUAAUAAUUUGCUAUCGAUAUAAUAAUGUUUUCGGUAUAAUGAAUAUUUUAUAUACAAUCAAUAUGUUCUCAAAUUUCUGUAGUAUAAUUUCGUGAUCAUUGCAUGUACUGUACGCUUAGCUUAGGAAGCAAAAACAUACAUUUUUUAGUGCUGUUACGUAUGAUUAAAGUUAUGGGUACUGGGUCUCACAACUGAAAGAAGACAAUUGUGUGGAAUGAGUGAAUUUCCAAAUUAUAUAAUUGUCUUCCUGUGGAAGGUUUUUAAUUAGAAUAUACUUAGAGUUCUUUAAAAAAAUUUAACAUCUACUCAAAUACGGCCCAGUACAAGUACACAUUAUACAAGUAAUAGUAAAUAAAAGAAGACUUAAUUAAGAUAACCUGAUUUUUAUUCAUAAAUUUACCGUAAGAUCGGUAACAUCGGGUCUCAAUAAAAACAUGGAU